AUGUUAGAUAUUGCACCUAAUGUUUCCGCUCUGGUUGGGAGUGCCACUGCGGCUAAACUCAUUGCUGAUGCUGGUGGUUUAGUCGAGUUAGCUAAUCUGCCAGCUUGUAAUGUUAAACUUGUUGGGGCUCAAAAGAAAAUUUUAGCAGGUUUUUCAAGUGAUCAGCUUCGUAUUGGUUAUAUUGAACAAACAGAUUUGUUUCACAGUACACCUCCCUCUUUAAGAGGGCAUGUGUCUCGUGCACUGGUUGCAAAGUUAUCCCUUGCAGCUCGAGUGGAUGUCGUGAAAGGAGACUCAACGGGACAAAUUGGAAGGAAAUUCCUCCAAGAGGUACGAAAGAAGAUUGACAAGUUGCAAGAACCUCCAACAGCAGCUAAGAUACACAAGGCUCUUCCUGUGCCUUACGAUUCAAGAAGUAAAAAGAAAAGAGGAGGAAAAAGGCUAAGGAAUGCAAAGGAAAGAUAUCGAGUAACAGAGAUGAGACAAUUAGCUAAUAGGGUGCAAUUUAAUGUGCCUGAAGAGAGUUCACUGGGUGAUGGGUUGGGUGUAGGGUAUGGUAUGUUUGGUCAAGAUGAAUGUGGAAAGUUACGCGUGUCUGCUACUCCAACCAGGCUUAAACUUUCCAAGACGUACAAAAGCAAGUUAGCAUACUAG